CCGGAGACGGUGCCGGCGGCGGGGAUCGGGCCGGGGCAGCGGAGCGGGGCCAUGGUGAAGAUAGGCGUCCAGCAGCCCCCGGCAGCCUCAAGCCGGAGAAGGAGAAGGCGGGGGAGAUGGGGCGGUGGGCUCCGUGCCGCUGCCCCGGGCGCCGAGGAGGCAGGUGCUGUGGUGCACAGCCAGAGGUCAUCGCUCAGCGGGGUGUGCUACCUGACCAUGGGUCUGCUCAUCCUGCUCCUGGGCUUGGUCUUUGCAUCGAUGUAUGUGUACAGAUACUUCUUCAUUACCCAGCUGCCCCGUGAGAGUGUGUUUCACUGUGGUGUCCUUUAUGAAGAUUCGCUGUACUCGCCCUUCAAAGGGCAGCUGGAGCUGCACGAAAAUGUCAAGAUUUACCUUGAGGAAAACUAUGAGCAAAUCAAUGUUCCAGUGCCCCAGUUUGGAGGGAGUGACCCAGCGGACAUCAUCCACGAUUUCCAGCGAGGUCUGACAGCCUAUCAUGACAUAACCCUGGAUAAGUGCUACGUCAUCGAGCUGAACACCACUAUCGUGAUGCCUCCUCGCAACCUGUGGGAGCUGCUGGUUAAUGUCAAGAAAGGGACAUACCUGCCUCAGACAUACAUAAUCCAGGAGGAGAUGAUUGCCACUGAGCACAUCAGUGAGAUGGAGCAGCUUGGGUCCUUCAUCCACCGGCUCUGCAGAGGCAAGGAGACCUACAGGCUGAAGAGGAGGAGCCUGAGGAGACGUAUCAGUCGACGUGAGGCUGGAAACUGUCAUCGGAUUCGUCACUUUGAAAACACUUUUGUGGUCGAAACUGUUAUCUGCACAAAAUCAUGAAGCCACGUUCCAGAUGCAAACUUCCUUGGCUUUGCUUGCACACACAUGCUUUCAGCCCUCUCUUUAGACAUGGUAAUCUGUCUUACUUUUUUUACUCCUUCCCCUGCUUGUGCAGCUCUAACCUCUUGGGUCCGUUGUGGCCUCACAGUGGAUUCUCUUUUCUCCCUGCUACAUACCUGAGACAUUUGCUGGGCUUAAAUUUACACAGGGGUAGAAGAUAACCUGGGAAUAGAUGCAAUUUCUUCCACAUCAGAGGACAGGAAUGUCUUCUAGGAGCAGGUUGGAGUAGAAGGGAUGGCUGAGAAAUAGGAAUGCUGGAAACAAGUUCCAUUUUCCUGGCAGAGUGAUUUCAGGCUGGUGCAAUGCUUUGGGGCUGCCUUGGCACCGAAACAGAAGGUGAUAUGUACAGGAGGAGGGUUACCAUUCUGAUGUUGAUGUAGUGACCAGAAAUAUGUAACCAGAUGCACUCAGGAGAAGAAUAGUUGUGAGGCUAUGGACUGGGCAAUUCAGGAUGCUCAGCAGGAGGAGGGAUUCUGCCCAGACGAUGCUGUGCUGGUCCCAGCUUGCUGUGUGCUGUCCCCCUGAAGACCAGAAUUCAAACAUUGAAAGCAUGUUGUUGUUUUUAUACUGGCUCCUGGACUCAGUCCUCACCACGUCUCCUCCUGAACGUGGCAGAGCUCAGUGUGACCCAGGGAGCAAUGCAGGGUCUCCUAAUGGGUGUCCAGGGUGAGCAAGAGGACAGGGAAAGGGGCAAUGAGGUGGCCUGGGAAUGCCAUGAGUGACACAGCAUGUCCUUCUUCCUCAGCCACAAAGCAGAAGGUGAAGUGCAAGGCUGUGUAGCUUUUUCUCUUAACACACAGUCACAUCUGCUGUGGAUCUUGAGCAGACCUGUUGUCAUUUUGCCCAGGUGAAUAAAAAGGUGAAUCUUCAAUACAAGGUGUCAGAGCUCUAGUGAUGUCCCAUCUAUAGGAGACAUACAGACAUAGGUGGAGCUGGAUGGUUUACUCCAGCCUUGUGUCCGUCCUGGCCAGCUCUGCUUUCCUGGGAAGGUGAGUUAUAUUCACACACGUCUUUCUUCCUGAGUUGGUGAGAUCCCAUCUGUGUGUGGAUGAGGUGCCAUGCCUACCUGCAAGGUGGUAUGAGCAGCAGAACUGAUAAUUACUGGCAAGUGCAGAGGAAGAACUUGUUUGUUUUGUUUUGUUUUUUAAUAGAGAGAAGAGAGAGAGAGUAUUCUUGUAUAACUCCUGAUGAAAGCUGUUUGGAUAGUAAUUACUGUAGCCCAGCCAUGUAUCACAUUAUCUGCAGGCACUGUUGUAGUGCAGAUACUGAUACAAGGCAAGAUUCAGCUGAUCAAUACACUGCAGAGAAGUUGUGUGAACAAAACUGUAUUUCUAUUGAUCAUCAGACAGAAAAAUUGCAGAGUAAUUAAAUAUUCUUCCCUCUGUUCCAUAAAUAUAGUUAAAAUUAAUUAGGUUCUUGAAGUGCAGGCAGUUUUUUGGCUUGAAAGAAUGGGGUGAGUUUCAACUUGGCACAUCCUUGUUAAUUGGUUUCCAGCAAAUCUGGACUUGUUCACCAUCUGUUGAAAUGAGCUUGUUGUUUUUGAAGAGGAAGGGUAAAGUAAAUGCAAGUACAAUCAUUAACUCAGCAGAACCAAAAGAGUAUAUUUUAGAUUAAAAUUUUAAAGUAAUAAAUAAUGCUGUAAGUUAAUUAUCUGAAAACAAGACAGGGUCCCAAAAUGAUAGUCACGUAAUGCAAUUGGAAUUAGUAUGUCCUUAGAGACUGAGAGUUCUUGAUGUUGUGGGGUUUUUUUGUUUGGGUUUUUGUUUUGGGUUUAUUCUUUAUAAACAUAGCUCUAAUCAUUAAGGGUCAACAGGUAGAGAUGGACACUUUCAUUUCAGUCCGCUUGCUUCGUGCGUUUCAUGCAAGUUGGUAAGGAAAGAUUCCCACAGCCAGAGGGAUUUUUGCUUUUCUAGUGUUGUGUUUUUCCAGUGAUAACUUUGCUAGCCAUUACCUUUCAUUAUGUAGUGGAUGACAAGAAGGCUCAAAGAGCUGAUUCUCUUAAUGGCAGUACCCCAGACUGGUAAAUUUAAGCCCCAUUUCUCAGAACCUAAGCCUGCACACAGGUGAGCACACACAUCUUUCCCCCUCCUUUCCAAUUCUGCAUGAAUUAACUGGUCAUUGAAUAUGCUAACUCUGUGCAAUCCCGCAGCUGUAAGGUCAAACCUUGGUUCUUUAAGGUGAGCUAAUGUGGUCACUGUUCCAUAGGAUGAGAAUGCAGUUGUCUAGGAAGAAAACAUAAGAUGCUUUGUAUAUUUUGUCUGGUAGGACUCUUACUUCUUAGGAAAAAUCCAUGGGAUAAUAAAAUCUUUUACCU